AUGACCAACCUCCAUCCAAUUCCCACUGUCCUGUUAUGGGAGUGUCUGGCAUUGUAUCGAGUGGGCGCUGUCUUAGCCCUCCAACAUGAAACGUAUUUGCAGAUAUGCUCAGAAUGGAAGGGACUUCUCGCACAGGGCAUCCACAGUGCACACGGUCCUAACGGGAUACCUGGAGAGGCUGACAUGAUUGCCGCUCGUUUCGUCGCUGUUGUCCAAGCAGAGGGGGCAUCACUCCGUCCCAACCUUAUCGACUUCUCCACACAUGUAGCUGGCCCUUACCCUUCUGUGCUAACCCCUAUCCCCAACUCUUUUCGCCUCGUUCAUAGUUCAUCCCCAUGUCUGAGACCCCUCUCAUCUUAUUCGGCCCGCUUGAACAAUAUACCCCCACUGCAAGGAGCAGAAAAUCGCUCGCCAAGGCCACAAAAUAAUAUCCUCAUUAAAUCCCACCAGUUCAACGAAUCCAAUUCUGAAGAUGCUUAUGUGUGUUUUCGUCGACGAGAUGUCAAGUCAGUCCGUAAGACCCAUCGGAUGGAUACAACACCUGCCGAAAAGGUCUCAUGGCUACAGCAGGAGCUUAUCAAGGCGAAAGAUCUCGCUAACUUAACCAUUUUGCGUGAGGUCAAGAAGUUGGAGCUCAAUAAGGAUGCGCAUAGUGUUCUCGAAGCGAGGAUCAGGUUUAUCGAAUUGAAGAGGAAGCAUCCACAGUUCUCAUUGAGGACAGAUGACCAACUACUCGUGGACCCUGAAUGCGUGUUGGCCAAGCGGCUGAAGAUGAUGUUGGAGCAGAAUAAGGAUCCUACAGACUUAAAUUUGCCCUAUCUGGCCCUUGAAGAGCAAGUGCAUCCACAUGAGCGUGCUGAGUCAUUUGCUAAGGAGAUCGAGCGCCAAUGCGAAGAACUCGGGCUGGGAGGAUUAUUUAGAUCUCCCGAUGAGUUUACCCAUCUCAGCUCACUUUUUUCACGCUCUUUCCUUCGCUGUAUCACCAUCAAAGCCCUCGGUAGAGCACACAGGACGUUCACCAUUCUCGAUCUGAAUACGUACAGGGCAAGGCAGGCCGUCAUUCAUCGAUCGUUGCCCGUUCCACGGAAGAAGAAGAGGAGAUCCUCAGAAUACCCCACCCCCAGUUCCGCAAUUAUUUUCAUCAACUCUCUCAUCUGA